GACGUCACGAUACAACAAAAUGGCGCUAUAUUUGUCAGCUCCGUUUGGAAGAUGAAAAUAUUUUACUUGAAAGUAAAACAAAAACAGAUGGAGACUUCACUUGGACGGAAUGGCGGAACCUAAAAGAUUGUCGUUUACAACUGUUACUCAAGCGAAGGAGACGAAACCAAAGAAAAAGGACUCGAAAACUGUGAGACUACAAUUGACCCUCAAGCCAUCGACUGAUACAACAUGUCCAGAGUUUUUCUACACCGAUCUCGUGAAGAACGAGUUGGGAGAGACCAAGACACCUAAUGGUGAUGUGCCAAACCCUGAUGAUCCGUUUGGAGAUGACGAGGACCAUGAAAAACUUGCUGCUUUGGCAAAAAGUUUUGAAGAGAAAUAUGCGCCAAAGCCAGGAAAGAAGGGGAAGAGUCGAGCGGGGAGGAUCACGGAUCUUGUGGAUCUGGGGGAUGGAUAUGAUCAAGAGGACCCCUUCAUAGAUAACUCAGAGGCGUAUGAUGAGGUGGUACCUCUUUGUCUGACCACAAAGCUUGGAGGCUUCUACAUCAACUCAGGGAAACUCGACUUCAAGGACAUAUCUGAUGACUCGGGAGAUGAGUUCAUCUUCCUGAAGAAGAAGAAAAAGAAGAGGGUAAUUGCAUCUGACUCUGAAUCAGAAAAUGAAGAACACAGGAAGAAAAAGAAGAGGAAAUUAAAGAUGGGAGAUGUUACAUUGGAGAAGAAGAGGAAUCUGUUGAAUGGAGAAGCAGAGAAGUCGUUCAAGAAACCAAAGAUGCCCACAGAUAAAGACAAGCAACAGCAGAAAAAAAAAAAGAUAUCACCGCCAGUAGCAGACGUUACAAAGCAGCAAAGUAAUACCUCACUGAGCCAAACCAAUGGCAACACUCAUGACCUUGACCUCAUAAGUCCCUCCUCCAAUGAUGACUCAUCUCAGGACGCUCAAACCUACGACGAGAGGAUCGACGCCGUCAUAGACUCGGUCAUCGCAAUGGCGGACUCGGAUAAGAAUAUCGAGUCUAUGAUUGAUAAUCCUCUCGGAUUCAAAGACGACUCCAACAGCAAGGAAGGGAAGGUGAUGGAUGAGGCAUCCGCUCCUAAGCUUCCCGAAAAUAUGCCCAAAGACCUGGAAGAAACCAUACAGAAACUCAAAAAGGCAGCUAAAACCUCCCAAGAUGGAAAAUGUAAAUUUUUUACAAAGGAAGUCAACAGUAUGUUAUUGAAUGUGGAGACAGGUUCCCGCCUCUGGGGGAGCUGUGGGCAGCGGUCCAGUAUCUACAGUCAUCUGGCGGCCUUCUUGCCUUGCUCUAAAGACACUCUGUUAAAACGGGCCAAAAAAUUACAGCAAUCCCUGCAGGAUGACCAACUCAAGGAACCUAUUCAAAAACUCAGAGAAGCAAUAAAUGGAAUGAUGCCUGCACUGCAAGCAAGACAUGAACAGGAAUAUCAGGCAUUCCUGCAAAAACAGAAGGAAGAGAAGGGCAGUAAGGAUGAGCAGGGGCCCAAGGAGGGGGUGAAUGACACAGAGGACAGCGACGAGGAGAAAACCGAGGGCAGCAAGAGAGGGGCUCCCAAGGGGCCCAGGAGAAAAUUCAUCUGGACGGAGAGUGUCAGGUCCUUACUGUGUGACAUCGUGCGUAUCAAGAUGAAGAAUUUUGAUCUGUUGAAGACAAAGACCCAGUCAGCAGAUGAGUUCCUAAAACAGUUCCUGGAUAAAGACAUCAAGCCUCUAUGGCCCAAGGGGUGGAUGCAAACCAGAAAUCUGAUUAAGGAAAGCAGAUCGGUUCAUUCCCAAUGGACAACUGUACAAAAAGUGAAGAAACAGACAAACUUGAUAAUCAACAAAACCACCCCUGGCGGAAUGAACUCCACUCAGAACUCCCAGUCCUCCUCCUCUGUGCCCAAGUUUGUCCCAGGAUCCUCCCCAGUACGUCUCCCGGCCGAGGACAUCGUCAGCAAGGACAAAGUGGUGACGCCCCGUCAACCGGUCAAAUCCGACCCUCUCGCUGUCCACAAUUAUGCAGGGAAACAGCCCUCAAAGCCGAGUGUUUCCCAGCAGUCCGGAUCUGGGUCCAAGCUUGGUGAAGUCAAGGUGUCCGAGGCGUUAGGUCUGUCUUUGCUAGCGUCUUCAGCAGCGUCUCAGAAAUAUAUUGACAAAUCGUGGGGGCACGAGGUCAACGAUAUAAUCAGAGCUUCGCUAACUUCACGCAUGACAGACAACAAGAAGAAAGAGGAUCCACCCAGUGCUAGCGCCAAAUCCUUCAUAGAACAGUUUCAAACCUUUGCUUCUUCUAUGAUACAGAAGCAGUUAACAGAAGAAGCAGCAAAACCUCAGGAAAUUAGUCCCAAAAAGAAAGAUUUAACAUUGGAGACAAAAUCAUACACGCAGCAGCAGCUUCUGAAUAGGCUCCAGUCUGUUGCUGCCCAUCAGGCUAAACCAGAGACUCCCACUUACUCGCAUCAGGCCACGGCCAAACCAGGGGUAGUGAAAUCCGUGGCACCUCCAGCUCAUCAAAGCAAACCUCAGUCCAACUUACCCUCUCAGACGUCGCCAUCCGCCAAACGAACGUCGAUCAGUGACGAGGUGUACAGGAAGUUCUUGAUGGAGAGUGGAGUACAGCUUCCUCCCGCUCACUCUAACAAACCGAACACUUCUAGCAGUCUAAUCCAUGGUGCUAGCGGAACAAUUAAAGUGUCAACAAUAGAUUCAAAAAGUGACAAAACAAGAGCUUCUAUGUUGUAUCCUACGUCUUUAUCCAACAGUCGACCAGCUCAGUCCCUGUACAACACUCCGACUGUGACACGAGUUAUUCAGGCACCUGCUAGUACUCAUGUAGUACAAAAAGCACCUGCUAGUACUCAUGUAGUACAAAAAGCACCUGCUAGUGCUCAUCUAGUACAAAAAGCACCUGGAAGUACUCAUGUGGGACAGAAAGCACCACAAGUGAAAGUAGCUCAUGAGUCUAGGACAUCACCUAUGCAAGGUCAGAGGUCGAUGGGUCAAAGUUCAAUGUCUUCAAGUAAUCCAAUUCCUAAAAUGGACAGUAAAACUGCUGAACUGAUCCAGCAGAUGAUGUCUAAUUCAUCUUCAUCACAUUCCCAAGUCAAACAGAUCUCGCCUACAAGCUACCAGGGAAAGUCUGUGUCGCCCUCGUCUCUGUACAAAUCCUCGCCCCAGGCAACGUUGUCCCCCCAAACCUGGAGUGUGGCCUCCUUGUUGUCCAAUACAGCCCCCGGAAUGAUUAGUCCCUCCCUGUCUAACCCCGCCCCUGGUUACCAGACCCUGAAACUGACAAACUUCACCAGAGAUUCGCCGGCUUCUCCAAGUAUUCAUCCUCCCUCAGUUGUUUCUCCAGGCAUGUACCCCCCAACCAGCCCCUUACUGCCAGGGAUGCAGAACCCCCUCCUUCAGGGAAGACAACCUCAGCCAGGGCUGUAUCCCCCCUAUACUAGCAGCUCUCUACUACACCACCCCUACACAGGAAGUCAGUACUCAGCAGACAAAUCUAAGUCACCACAUGGAUAUUGAGACAGAGAUUCUGUGAUAUACGACCUUUCACCUUCCAUACAGGCCAGGGAAUGAGAUGUAUAGAAGACAAUCUACAUCACCAAAUGAACACCGAUACAAAGAUUCAGCCCAUGAGAUUUCUUUAGAUGAUAUUUACAGUGAAACCUUUAUCAAGACCUAGCACAACAUUAAAUACAAAGCUAUCAAAUUGUUACCAUAACUUGUUGUGAAGUCAAUUUCAAACAAUUAAAAUAAAUUUACAGAAAUUUUUGAAAUCUGAAACUGUUGAAAUGUUCAGCAAAGUCAUUGAAAAAUUGAUCAUUAACUAUUUUACAGAAAAAAUUAACUAUUUUACAGAAAAAAUAAAAGUAACACACUUUCCUGUAUUGAAGUGGUUAGGUCUGUGAAUUACACUCUCCCUAUUUAUCAUCGUAAGGUUUCGCUAAGAUUUUUAAGAAAUGCAAUGACCUCUCUCUAACCCUUUUUAUUUAUUUUCUAAAUCAUCCUGAUGCUCCUUGAUUUGAUGAUCUGGAAUGAUAUUUAUUUUAGUAUACAUGUAUGUGUUCGACAUUAUGUAAGUUGAUUAUUCUUUGAUAUGUAAUAUCAGAAAUGAUGAAGUUGGUUUUCAUUUUGGAAGUAUAAUUGAAUCGAUGAAUAAGAUUCUUUUUUUUCUGAAAGAAAUUGUCCAUUAAAGUAAACUGUAUUUUAUUUUAUGUUCUGAAAAAUCCACAAAUGUAAACACUUUAUAAACCUAUAUCAAUGCAAUGGCAUAUAUUUAUGUUUAAAUUUUUACUGAUUUCUCUCCCUUUGUACAUAUGGUUUAGGAUGUGAUUAGAUGUAUACUUUGUAUGAACCACACAUCCGGCCGACGGCUGUAGCAUGUUACUGUUACCAAAUACAAGCUAAUCAACAGAA